AGCAAGCGCUGCUCGAAAAGGUUCGAAAUUCAUAAUCCGAAAACGAAAGUGCAACAUGGCUAGCAAGAAACAAGCGGAAGAGGAAAAGCUACGACGCCGCCGUUUGGCACGAUAUCGUUUUAAAUCUCUCAUUCGGUUGGUGAUAUGCAAUAAUUACUGGCUGUCGGAAAUCGAUGAUCAAGAGAUUGGCGAAAAUGCCCGCCGAAAUAUUGCUGUCAUCGUACGACGCAAGGGAAGGAAGGGAUUGCUGACGCUUCUUGAAAAAGCGAUUCUCAACCAACCGUCGGAGGAACGCACCGCCGAAAAGCGAGAUAAACUGGCGGAAGUUUUUCGUCGGUUGGAGUGCCUAUCCCGAUUUCCUCCCGAAAUUCGUGAGCAGUUGGCCAAGUGCGCGGGGUACCGGUAUUAUAAUGCCGGUCGCACUGUACUGCGCGAGGGGCACGAAGCGCACGCCAUGUAUUUCGUUUUGGACGGGGAAAUCACCGUCAGUCGACUGACGUGGAAUCCGGUUUACAAGCGGUACGAUGAUAUUGCGUACGGCGUUCGUGUGCCGGGAGAAAUGUUCGGCGAAAUUUCGUUUCUGUACGGUUGUCCCCGUACUAUGACCUGCGCAACGGCGACCGACUGUGAGCUGCUGUGCGUUUCACGGGACGAUUUUGUGCGUUUGCUAGAACCAACCCUGCGGCUGCAAUGGUCCCGGAUGCAGGAAGCGAUCCAACGCUUCCACUACUUUGACCACUGGAACGAAGAUCAGAUUCGCGAGUGCUGCAUCCUGGCCAAGGUGAACCACUUCAAGCCGCACGAGCGGAUCACCGCAACCGAAACGAGCACCCAAUUCGAGUACGCCUACUUUGUACUUAGCGGCCAGUGCAUGAUUUUGCAGUGUCUCAAGGUCAAGAAGAAGAUGCGCGGUAAACGGGAGUGCUAUCGACUGCAGCCGCUGGAGUGUGAUGAAAAGGAACUGCGCAUUGCCGAGCGGUUGAUGAAACGCAGGGACUCCGACGUGAUACGGUCGAUUAUGUCUCCACAGCUGCGUGCCUCGCUGGACGCGACACCCGUUAGCAGUAAGGAGGAUGAACCCACGCCACUGCCUGAGGAAACGCUAGAGCAUCACUUUAUGGACGUCGGAAGCUACAGCUGCGGAUCGGUUUUUGGACUGGGCGAACAAAUGGAGGAUCGCUCGAUUGUUGCCCGGAACCACGUGCAGUGUAUGAUGAUCCCCCGCUAUUGGCUGUUCAUGAAGCACCAGAAUACCGGCAACGUGUGGCAGCGCGUUAAAAUGCAUCUCGAUAUGGCAAUCCCCAGCCGGGAGCAGCUUUUUCAGCAGUUUUUGGUUGAUCUAAAUUGGCUGGUCUAUCGGAAGAAGGUUGUAAACGGAUUUAUUCGACUACGCGGUCGUCAGAAUCAUACCCAGCUGAUCGAUGUGCCCCUGAUGUGCCGGGUGGAGCACGCCAGAGGGCCCAAUUGAUUGGACGCACGCUUAUGCAACACGCGGCGGACAUGUCGAACUCUGCGCGACUAAUUGCUGUUUAUUUUCGAUCGUUAUAACUUUUGCUUUCAAUGCGCGCGGUGAGCCAGCAAAAAUACUCAUCAUACCGCUCGUGAUUAAAAGGCACCAGAAAAAAAAUGAAGCUUGACUGUUAGAUGAAGUGUAAUGGAUAAUAAAUUAUGUGCCAGUCGUGACAGAAAAGGAAGAUGCUUCUUUUCUAUUACAUCAUGCGAGCGAGUGCACCUUUCUCACCCUCCACCCUGUUUCUGGGUAGGAAAAAAAAUGACCUUGUAGUUUGCGUUGUUAGUUGAGACAUAUGAUGAGUUGUUCCGCGAAGACGGUGUGAAACGGUGAAAAGAUCAUCGUUGAUAGUCGAUUUGUUUGAUUUUUCUUUGUUUUUGUGUGUUCGACUGCAUGCAGCUGGGCUUACGCCAAUGAAUAUUCAUGAGAUAAACAUUGCA